AUGAACAGAGGACAGCCCCUCAGCCACGCGACGAGGCCUCCAGCAUCAAAAAACAACACCACGGUCACCAUCGAGCCUAAGUCUACGCAUGUUGCAGACCCGUUGCUUCAACCGUUCCUCAAUCCGUCGUUCGAUCCGGCAGACUAUCUCAACUCUACACUUCUACCUCUACACACCUCCAACGUCUCCCAGCCGGCAGCAAACAGCGUGUCUCUGGCCGAACUAUCCACGCAAACACAGACAUUGCUCUCGCAGCUUAGCGCAAAUACAACUAGGCUAACGACGACUCUGACUCAAUUGACAGAUGAGAUACUCCGAAGCGGAAGUCGGUUGGCAUAUGAGGUCGAGGUAUUGCGGGGGGAAACGCUUGGGUUGUCUGAAGCGCUGACGGAAGGGUUGCAAGAAGACGUGGCUAAGUUUGUCCCAGGAGGAUUGGAACACGAGCUUGCGACAAAGACUUCCAAGACAACGGAUCUCAAUUCACACUCAAGGAGGAUGUCGGUAGCAGCGCCCAAGACCCCCAUUCGAGAAGACGCUCCCGUUUCUGAUCCUCUAUACAUCACUCAGUUACGGACACUUACUCUGGUGCGUUCCCGGCUGGAUACCGUGAUAAAAACAUUUGGCGACGCGAUGGCAUGGACCUUUCCACCAUCUGAGGUUUCUGUCACUUCUUCAUUCCUCUCCGUCUCAGCACCCGAGCCCGGGUCUGAUAUGCACAGUACGGAGGAGAAGGGCCAGCAAGUGUCUAAACAACUACGAGAUGAAAUUGCGGACCUUUUGGUGGGAGGCGACCCCGUGGAUGGUAUCGAGGCAGCGGCGAAACGAGUCGAGGAAUUAAAAGAUCUAGCAAACGUUUGGAGAGGCACCGCUGAAGAAAAGGCUCGUGUCAAGUUCGUGGAAAGUCUGGCAAAAUUGGUUGAAGAUAGGCAUAGAGAUUUAUUAAGAGAUGCCGAGCAAGGAUCCCGUCUAAGUCAUCGAGUAGAAAAACUUCGUGAUGAAGAGGCGGCAUCACCGACUGGGGAGAAUAAGCCUCAGGGUGGCUAUGGGUUCCUCAGUCAACUGCAGAAGCUCCGAGGAGCAUCAUAA